GGAGGGCUUGGCCUGAUCAUCUCAAGAAACCCGGUGUACACUCUCAAGCCAUGUGAUGAUGAUUUUCCAUGUGUCGCCAUUGACUACGAGCUCGGGACAGAUAUACUUGCUUACAUACGUUCCACUAGAUCACCUGUUGUGAAGAUACAACCUUCUAGAACACUCUCCGGACAACCUGUUGGUACUAAGGUUGUAAAUUUCUCAUCAAGAGGGCCUAACUCGAUGUCCCCGGCGAUUCUAAAACCCGACAUAGCAGCACCAGGAGUAAGGAUAUUAGCUGCUACAUCUCCCAACUCCACCUUGAGUGCUGGUGGAUUUGCUAUUCUUUCAGGAACAUCGAUGGCGACUCCAGCUAUUGCAGGAGUUAUUGCACUUCUCAAAGCUCUACAUCCUGAUUGGUCCCCUGCUGCUUUUAGAUCAGCCAUUGUCACUACAGAUUUACGAUAUCACUACUCCACUGAUAAGAACAGAGAGAGACUAGCACAUCACUAGCUCAGCUCCCAACA